AUGAUUGUUGGUUUGUAUUUUGUAUCGAUCAUCGUGGGAGUCUUUGGGUGGAGAGAGUACUAUCGGGAGUACCCUAAUAUUUAUGGUUAUUAUACUUAAAAAUGCCCAGAAUUGCAUGCAUAAAAGGUUGGUAUGCAUCCACACUAAUGCGUCUGUAAUUUAAAGGGAGUAAUUUUAGCUUAUGCUUUGAUUUGUAAGGGUGUGACAGAGAUAAUUAUAAAAACGGAAUUGAAUGGGACUCAACAUUUAUGCCAUCCCAAAUUCCAACCAUGGGGAGCUGGAACUCCAACAAGGGACAAUACCACACUUCAUUGUGGGUUCGAUGGAGGUGAUCAGUUAGUGAUGGAAAUGCUAGCAGAUGGAAAUUAUCAAUAUUAUUGCAAAUCAUUGACAGAUGAUAAAAAUAUACGAUGCUUGAUAACUGCUUCCCAAUAUGGCAUUUAUAGUUGCCAAUUUUGCAAGCCUCCUUACUAUGGACUAGAUUGUAAAAAAGUUCUCUGGUAUUUUGAUUACCGUUUUACAAAUCCACCCCGAUAAUGCUUAGGAAAUUGUUAGGAGUGUGAAGAUAGUGUAAGUUGUUACAAAUGUCUUCCUGGCAAAGCUAACGCAAAUAACGAUAAAAUGUGCUCAUUAGGUAGAUCAUAGUUUAAACUAUUAUUAUAGAUUGUGCAGGAUUUACAAAUUGCUUUAUAGCUUCUAAUACAUAUUAAUUUAGUAAUGUUUGCACUCCGGGAACUGUACUUAGAUAGGACCGUUGCGUUUGUAUAUUUUAAAUAAUAGUUUAUAGAAUGUCCUGAUGGUUGUUUAACUUGUACUUAAGAUUAAUAGAACAUGAAUAAAAGGUCUUGUGAUGUCUGUGACUCUAAUUAUUUUAGAUUAUUAUAUAGUAGAAAUGAACCUGACAUGUACUAUUGCUAUCGAGCAAAUAAUUGUGAUACUUCAAGAUAAUCAUUGAUUAGUCAAACAGUAUUAAAUACUGGAGAAUAUGUUUAUAAUAUACGAUGUUAUUUAUGCGAUCCAGGACUUAUUUAUGUUGUUUCUAGUGAAUAAUGCCAAGGUAGAAUUAAUGAAUAUAUUUCUUUAGCAAUCUCUACAGUGAAAUAAGGCUGUUUCUUUUUUGGUACUAAUUAAGGAACUAAUUGCGUAGCAUGUUCACCAUGGUAUAGUUUACAAUCGGAUGGCACAUGCAAACCAAUGGCCUGCAAUUAAGAAUGCUUUACAUGUUUAGAUACAAAUCCAGAUUUUUGUACUACUUGUGAUGGUUUUAAUCAUAAAAUACCUGAUAAUAAUGGUAUUUGCAUUUGUAAGCCAAAUUAUGGUCUUAAAGCUGAUGAGUGUGUAAAGUGUUCUGAGGGUUAUUGUUAAGAAUGUGAAGUAGGAAAUUUUUUUUUAUGUACCUCAUGUGCACCUGAGAAAUAUAGAAUCUUAAUUGAUCAAUAAUGCGUUUGCCAACCUGGGUUUUGUUAACCUGCAGAUGGAAGUGCGACGUGUAUUUUAUGCGAUAAGUCAUGUGUAAAUUGUUCUGGUCCAACAAUUAAUGAUUGUACUUUAUGUCCUGACGAAAUGACUACAAAUAGAAUUCAGAUUGGUAAUUCGUGUCCUUGUAAAAAAGGUUACGCUGAAUAUGAAGUCAAAGAUGCUAAAUGUGGAAAAUGCCAUCCAAGAUGCAAAUCAUGUCUCUAAGCAGCUGACGAAACCUCAAAUUAAUAUUGUCUAACUUGCAUACCUGGAUAAAAUCGAAUUCUUUCAGAGAAUCUCAAUUGUGAUUGCAAAGACAACUAUUCCGAUUUUGAUGGCACUUUAGAUAUAUGCAUAAUCUGUGAUUAUACCUGUGGAGUAUGUAAUGAUUUUGGUCCUACACAUUGUACCUCAUGUUUAGAAAGCUCACAUAGAUAUUUAACAGGUUUAGGAGAAUGUUUAUGUAAAACAUCAUACUUUGAUGAUCAAAUAUAAAACACAGAGUGUUAAAAAUGCCAUUAUUCAUGUUUAAGAUGCGCAAAUAGCAUAGAAUAAAAUACAUGUGUAGAAUGUCCUCCAACUAGAAUGCCUAGUGAUCCAUUAGCCACUUAGUUCUAAUGUAUUUGUGAAUUUUCAAACUUCUUUGACGAUGGAUUAUUACCAACCUGUCUAUAAUGUGAUGCCUCUUGUCUAACCUGCAAUGGUCCUCUUUCAUCUAACUGUCUAUCUUGUGAUUCAACAUAUAGAGAAUUUUAUUUAUCAUCUUGUCUAUGUCCACCAGGAUAAUUUGAUGUUGGAUAAUUGGAAUGUGCAAAAUGUCACUAUUCUUGUUUUUAAUGCUUUGAUAAUACAGCUGAAGGUUGCAUAAAUUGUUCAAUUGAUUUUCAUCUUAGAGUGUUAAAAGGAAAUACUUGUAAAUGUAUUGAUGGAUAUUAUGAUGAACCAGGAUCAUCUAAAUGCAAAAAAUGCUCAUAUAAAUGUGAAACCUGUGAAGAGUAAGCUGAAAAAUGUUUGAGUUGUCCUUUAAAUUAAUUACGUACUUUUGAUUCCACUACAGGUUGUCUUUGUCCAGGAGAGUAUUAUGAUUAACAAAAUGUCAUAAUUUGUUAAAAAUGUCAUUUCAAAUGCAAAAAUUGUAGUGCCUAAACUGAAAGCUCAUGCCUCUCAUGCGAUCCAUUGUCAUAUAGAGAAAUUAAACUUUAAUAAUGUAAAUGCUAACCACAUUAUUUUGAAAUGGAAGUUUAGGAAUGUGCAAGUAAUUAUUAUGCUCAAUUAUAGUUUUGUAGUGCUCUUUGUUAUGAAUGCGUUGAUAGACUUGAUAAUUGUACUUCAUGCUAUGAUGAUAGAUAUCUAAUUGGAAAUAAAUGUUAAUGUGCUUCUAAGUUUUAAGGGGCUUCGAUAAGUACAUUUGAGUUUAAUGGUAUGUGCCAUUAUUCUUGUGCAACAUGUGGAGGAAAAGAAGAAAUAGAUUGCAUUUCUUGUAUUGACACUGAUAAUAGGUAUUAAGUAGGCAAUACUUGUGUUUGCAAAGAAGGAUAUUAUGAUGCAGGAUUGCCUGUCUGUUAAAAAUGCAGUUACAAAUGUAAAGGAUGCUCAAAAUAAUCUGAAUAUUGUACUUCUUGUUAAGAUAAUAGUUUAAGGUAGUUAGUUUCAGAUUUUAAAACAUGCAAAUGCAAUUAAAGAUAUUAUGAUGAUGGAUAAAAUGAAGUUUGUUAAUAAUGCCAUUACUCAUGCCUUAGAUGUAAUGACAUCGACACAAAAUGUGAAUUAUGCUCAUUUGAAUCAAAUAGAAUUUACAAUGAUUAACUAUUUUCUUGUGAUUGUGAUGUUGGUUACUAUAAUACUGGAGUUGAAAUCUGUUAAAAAUGUCACUAUUCCUGUUUAAAUUGUAAUUCUGGAUAUUCAAGUUCAUGUAUUUAAUGUGUUGAUUCUAACAUUUCAAAUAGAGUAUUUUAUAAUAACACUUGUAAAUGUUUAUUUGGAUAUUUUGAUGAUGGCUAAUCAAUUAAAUGUUAAAAAUGUGAUGUUUAAUGUUUAAGUUGUAUUAAUCAAUCUUAUUAAUGUUUAUCAUGUCCACAAACAAGGAAAUUAGAAACUAAUUGUAAAUGUUAACAAGGAUAUUAUGAUAUUGGAUUACAACUAUGUUAAAAAUGUAAUUCAAUUUGUUCUGCAUGUGAAUUUACAUCUAAUAAUUGCACAUAAUGUGAUUCUGAUUAAUUUAGAGAACUUAAUGAAAUUACUAAAACUUGUGAUUGUUAAAUUGGUUAUCUUGAACUUAAUGGAAUUUGUUAAUAAUGUGAUCAAAGUUGUAAAAUAUGUUAGUAAUAAUUGAAUCAUUGUACAUCUUGUGUAUAAUUUAGAAAAUUAAAUAAUAAUAAUUGCAUUUGUAUUGAUGGUAUGUUUGAAUCAAUUUAAGAUAAAUAAUGUAAGUUAUGUCAUAAAACAUGUUUAACAUGUGCUUAUUCAGAUUAAUAUUGUUUAACUUGUUCCGUUGAUAAUUUUAGAAUAUUUAAAUCUGGAAAUACUUGUGAAUGUAUAUAAGGAUACUAUGAAAAUUAAAUAACUUAUGCAUGUGAAUAAUGUUCAAAAUCUUGUUUAACUUGUUCAUAAUAAUAUAAUAAUUGUUUAACAUGUGAUACAACUCUUAAUUUAUCUUUAAUCAAUAAUCAAUGUUUAUGUUCAUAAUCCUAUUAUUUUAAUUCUUUAACUAAUUCAUGUUAAUAAUGUAAUAUCACUUGUUUAGAUUGUUAAAUUCAGAAUGAAUGUACAUCAUGUAAAUUAACAACCAGACAUUUAGAUUAAGAUUAAAAGAAAUGCAUAUGUAAUGAUGGUUAUUAUGAAACAAACUAAGCAAAUUGUUAAUAAUGUCAUUUAUCAUGUGAGACUUGUAUUAAUAUCGAU